UUCGUAUGGAGAAAAGAGUUUAUUAGGUUUUGGAGAUUUAUGCAACAAUGGAGAAAAAAAAUGAAUAUAAAUUCCCGGAGGGAUUACGUGUUUUGGUAGUUGAUGACAGCCCUUCUUGCUUGAAAUUUAUCGAGGGUCUGCUCAAAAGUUGUCGCUAUGAAGUAACAAAGGAAACUUCAGCAGAAUCCGCUCUUAAUUUAUUGAGAGAGAACAAGAACAACUUUGACAUCGUCAUAACAGAUGUGCAAUUCGAAAUGGGAAAAGACGAUGGUUUCAAACUUUUGGAAAUUAUAGGUCUUCAAAUGGACAUUCCGGUAAUCAUGAUGUCUUCGAGUAACGAUUACGACACGGUAAUGAAAGGUGUAAAACAUGGUGCUUGUGAUUAUAUAGUGAAACCAGCAUCAUUGACAGAAAUUCAGAAUAUAUAUCAACACGUGCUUAGGAAGAACGAAUCCAGUGUAAUUGAUCAGAAAUCUGAGAAACAAGAAAUUGAUCAAAACUCUAAGAAGAGAAACAAUAACCAAAUGAAAAACAAUGAGGAUGACACUAAUAGCCAUUCUUCUGAUGAACAAUUUUCUACUCAUAAGAGAGCAAGGAUUGCUUGGGAUCUUGAGCUACACGGGAAGUUUCUUGCUGCAUUUGAGAAGCUAGGACCCGAUAAAGCCGUUCCAUCGAAGAUACUCUCAGAAAUGGGCGUCCCAGGACUUACUCGCGAGAAGAUUGCUAGUCAUCUUCAGAAGUACAGGAAUUACUUGAAGAAGAAUAGGGAGCAAAAAUACAGUAACAACAUUAGAGACAAUGGAAUAAAUGGACAUCUACGAAAUUCAACUUUUGAUGUAAGCUACUUCGGCAAUCGUGAAUCUGGUAUUCAUGGAAAUUCAGGAUUGAGUCUUCUAAGCCAUCAUAGUAUGAAUCCUAAUCCAAUGAACCGCUCUUUUGUAAGUUCACAAACACAGUUUCAUUCUUUAAAUCAACAUGCUUUACCUCAACAUCAAUUUUCCUAUGGUCGUGGUGCGGCAAAUCAAAACUAUCAGAGAUCACAAGUUCGUGACCCCUUAAUGACAAGAAGUUUACAUAAUCAGACAUAUAUGAAUGGUUUAAAAGCUCAAACUUUCUCUUCGGGUCCAUAUACGGAGAAUACAUACUCUAAGAUUCCAGAACAUAAUACCAAUAUAGAUUCUAGAGUAAGUAGUUUUCUUUUAUUUGGAGGCACACCAGGGUUACCUAAAAACAACUUAUUUGAUGUCCCUGGUUAUCUUAUGCCUGAUGGUGCAAGCCUAAGUAAUCUCACUACAGUUUUCCACAACGAUUCUAUGGUUAACAUGGUUCAUACUUCUCUCUCAGUGAAAGAUGAGAUGAAAAACAUCAUUCCUUUGAGCGUACCGAGCUCAAAUGCAGAAGAGUGUCCAAGAAUUGACCAGAUAUCUUCGCUGGAGGAAUUAUUGGAAACAGAUGCCUUUUGUAAUUUUAGCAGUUCUAGUUCUACGGAUGAGGAUCUUAGUGUUGUAUUCAAAAGGUUUCAGUAGCAAUAAUGUGGUGUGGAUUUUCAAAACCACAACAAAUGGUACAUAUGAAAAUCCUUAUAAUAAAUAUGCAUGGGUUAACAAUUUGUGCAAGUUUACAAGACGAUUGUACAAUCGGAUGUCACUUGAUGCGUUAAGAUUUCCAAGAAAGGAAAAAAGAUUACAGAUUAGUGU